GAAGUAAAAAAAAGAAAAAAAGAAAAAUCACCACCAACUGGGAUAAAGAGGAAACAUUUUUAACGGUUCAAGAUGACUACUUCAUGGAGUGACCGUUUACAGAACUACGCUGACCUCCCAGCCAACAUAGACGGUGUAGCGAUGAAGAAAUAUCGGCGUGAAGCUCACCACAGCUUUCCAAGGGAUCUGGCUCAAAACCAUCCUGCAAUGAGAGUUUUUGUCAACAGAAGCUUGGCCAUGGAGAAGAUCAAGUGUUUUGGUUUUGAUAUGGAUUACACUCUUGCAGUUUAUAAAUCUCCUGAGUACGAAUCACUGGGCUUUGAUCUGACGGUGGAGCGUCUGGUGUCCAUUGGAUAUCCACAGGAACUACUCAACUUUGUUUAUGACCCGGCCUUCCCCACCAGAGGUCUGGUGUUUGACACAAUGUAUGGCAACCUGCUCAAAGUGGAUGCCUAUGGGAAUAUCCUUGUCUGUGUGCACGGGUUCAACUUCAUGAAGGGGCCUGAGAUCAGGGAGAUGUACCCCAACAAGUUCAUCCAACGUGGAGAUACAGACCGCUUCUACAUCCUCAACACACUUUUCAAUCUUCCAGAAACCUACCUCUUUGCUUGCUUGGUUGACUUCUUCAGCAACUGUCCCAGAUACUCAAGUUGUGAGACUGGCUUCAAGGACGGUGACCUCUUCAUGUCCUACAAGAGCAUGUUCCAGGACGUCCGUGAUGCUGUGGACUGGGUUCAUUUUAAGGGGUCCUUAAAAGAAAAGACGGUUGAAAACCUGGAGAAAUAUGUAGUAAAAGAUCCAAAGCUUCCUCUUCUCCUAAGUCGUAUGAAUGAAGUCGCCAAAGUCUUUCUGGCCACCAACAGUGAUUACAAAUACACAGAGAAAAUCAUGACCUACCUGUUUGACUUUCCCCAUGGCCCAAAGGCAGGUACACCACACAGGCCCUGGAAGUCCUAUUUUGACUUGAUUCUGGUGGACGCUCGCAAACCAGUUUUCUUUGGAGAGGGCACAGUGCUGCGGCAAGUCGACACAACCACGGGUCGGCUGAAGAUCGGCACAUACACUGGACCUCUCCAACAUGGCAUUGUGUACUCUGGAGGUUCCUCUGACAUUGUGUGUGACUUGCUGGGGGCUAAGGGAAAGGACAUCAUCUACAUCGGGGACCACAUAUUUGGUGACAUUCUCAAAUCCAAGAAGCGUCAAGGCUGGAGGACCUUCCUGGUCAUACCUGAACUGGCCCAGGAGCUUCAUGUCUGGACCGACAAGAGCUCCAUAUUUGAGGAACUCCAGUCUCUGGAUUGCUUCCUUGCAGAGCUCUACAAGCAUCUGGACAGCAGCAGCAACGAGAGGCCAGAUAUCAGCUCACUGCAGAGGAGGAUUAAAAAAGUGACCCAUGACAUGGAUAUGUGCUACGGCAUGAUGGGAAGUCUGUUCCGCAGCGGCUCCAGACAGACCCUGUUUGCCUCCCAGGUGAUGCGCUACGCUGACUUGUACGCCGCCUCCUUCAUCAACCUGCUCUACUACCCCUUCAGCUAUCUCUUCAGAGCUGCACAUGUACUGAUGCCUCACGAGUCGACGGUGGAGCACACCCACGUCAACAUCAAAGACACCGAGUCGCCGCUCGCCACGCGAAACCGCCACGACGUCGACCUCAAGGAGUUCGAAUGCAAACGCCACCAGCUGACCCGCUCCAUCAGCGAGAUCCAGCCGCCGCACCUCUUCCCCCAGACCCCCCAGGAGAUCACCCACUGCCACGACGAGGAUGAUGAUGAGGAGGAGGAAGAGGAGGAAGAGUAGAUGGAGAGGACGAACAAAGGAGUCUGGAGAUUUUGCUCUCACAGAGGUUUGUGUGAAACAAGAAUCACUAAGGCUGUAGUACUUGAGUCCGCUCUUGGUCUUGAGUCCAAUCAAGAUUGUAUUAAUGCCACCACUGGAUGUUACCUUCACUUUCCUGCAUAUCUAAAAUUACUUUGAACAUUUUUAGUUUUAGUUUUCCCUCAGCACAACAACUGAAGUGAUUUCACCUGUUGGAACCUGCAUAUGUAAUGGUUGUCUGCAUUUGUUAGUUGAAAUGUAAAUAGUGGAUCUCCAGACAGAUCUACAUCACUGUUGAUCUGUAAAAAACAUAUAGAGGAUCAUUUAUACAUUUUGCAAGAUGUGUACAGUAUCCAUUACCUGUUUUAAUCUUAAACAGGACUCAGUUAGCUCUCAUCUCCAGCUUGAAUUGGCCUCAGAAGUGACUGGAACUGGACUUUGCUACAGCCCUGGUGAUUUCAUGCAUCAGGACAAGUUACUGAGUGUUGCAAACUGAGGUUAGAUAUAUCUAGUAGUAAAACAGUGUUCAGGCUGUUGGAUGUUGAAUUUCACAAUGAAAGGGAAGUGAAUAAGUUCUGAAUAGUAACAGAGAAGAGCUGCCUUAUUCAGGCAGAGGUUACAUGGUUGUCGGAUCAUCUGUAUGUAACUGAGUUUAUUUACAAUUUUCUUCUUUUGUUGCAGCAUCUAUUCAUUUAGCAGGGGCCAAAGUUGUGGUCCAGUAUGCAUUUAUUAAUUUGUACUGUAAAAGCCAUGCUCACUGCCCUGCUGCUUCCACUCGUACCAUACCUCACACUUUGAAAUAUGCUGACUGUAAGCAAGAGGUGAACCAAGGACGACACAAAGGAAAAAUCGACUCAAAUACAUUGUUUAAAAAACAAAACAAAACAAAAAAACAACAACUUUUUUGUGAUGUACCUUGCAUUUCUGGAAAUAUUUUGUUGCUUUAUCCUGUAUUUGACUUAUUCUCAUGGAUAACUGGCCAAACCUAAAACAGCUGAUGUUACGUUGAUGUAUUACCGGUGCAGCUACAAUGGAGUUUGUUCUACAGGAAAAUAAAGGGAAAGAAAGUGGCACACUUUUGACCUCCUUAGUGUUUACAACAACAAAUCCCUUCAACAGGGUGCCGAAAUGUAAGCCUGGAUUUAACAGACAGCAAGGAGAUCAAUAGUGUGCAACGUAAUUUCCUUUAUGUAUUAGUUUUCUGUGAGAAUGCACCGAAAGGUUUUUGUGUGUGUCCACUUCCUGCAAUUGCUUCACUCUAGAGCAACUUUGAGCAACCACACAGGAAGAAAUCGAUUACAGCACCAGCAGAGGGACCAAGUUCUUCCUCUGAUCACAGCCUCAGGCCACCACAAUGUAAUGCAGCCAUGAGACACAGGAAAAAAACUCUUUGAGUAAGCAUGUGGCUGCAAUCAUAGACCAGCCCUGAGGUUAAAAAUCAAAAAACAAAAACAAAGGCUGGCUAGCUACAUACAUAUGUCCCCAAAGGGUCACAGCAAGUUUUUUUGUGUGUGUGUGUGUGUGUGUGUGUGUGUGUGUUACCUCAUAAUAACUUUUGCACUCCAUGGCAAUAUUUUGUGUUCCCUUGCUAUAUGUUUUGCAUUGUUUUGCAAUACUCUUGUGUUACCUGGCAAUACUUUUCUUUAUUUCCAUUCCAUUCCCUGUGAGCCAUAAGUGUGUUUCUGCUCAGCUGCUCCCAGCACAUAGGACUCUUUUAACUAAUCCGAUAGCUGUGCCUAUUGAGCAGCAGUACUAUGACAGCAGAAUUAAUGCCCAGUUCAGAAUCAGAGUGAGUGAGCUGAUCAGUGCUGGGGCGCUGUGCUGGGAGCAGCUGAUUGGAAAUAGACAUACAGCACAGAAGGAACAGAAGUUGAAAAGUAUUAUGAGGUAAUGCAAAAGUACACAAAAUGUAUUGCAAGAGAACCCAAAACAUGUUGUGAGGCAACAUAAAAGUGAGUGCGAAGGAAUGCAAAAAUAAAAUCUUGUCAUUUCCCUUCGGGGGCGCCGUAUACAUGCACAGUUUAGACUGAAAGCAACAAAUAUAAGCUUCUCUUGUCGAAAGGCAUUCUAGGAAAUGAUGGCAAACGCAGGCUGAGUGAAAAGUGGACACACCAAAAAUGUCUAUUACAACAUAAAUAACUCCUGGAAUGCAGUAACAUCACAGGCGUAAUGUAUGUCACAGUGUAAGAGGGCCCAAGGGUGGAUUUUUCCUUUUAACAAUUAUUUCAGUGUACUUAGUGUAGUUAAUAUACACUAUUCUGAGUAUGCUAAGCUUACUAACGGUUGACCGAGUAUUUUUUUUUACCAACCACAAAUCUAAUAAUAAAAAGUAACGGGUGCUGCGGUGAGGAACAGCCAGAAGGAAUGUGCUGAUCAUGUAUCAUAUUCCACAGGGUUAGGCCACCUCUCACCUUAUUGUUUUAUUAGACCACAUUUGCCAGUAUCUCUGCCAGUCAGUUGUAGUGUAGUGCUAAGUUAUGUAGAUAAGACAAAGACCAAGGUGUUAAAGGGAUAGUUCACCCCUUUUGAAAAAUGUGAUAUUAUUUCACUCCCCCCCAGCUGUUCUGUAGGACAGUAGUGGUGCUAUGUUCCUCUCAUUGUUACUGAGUGCUGGAUACUGGCUGGAUGCUCCAAAUGCUAAACACCAGAUGAUAUUCUUGAAAAAGCUCAAAUUGAGUUUGAUGAGGUGUAGCAGAGUUUUACAGCCUGAAAUGGUGUAAAAUGUUGAUGGUUCUCAAAAAAAAAAAAAAAAGAAAAGAAAAAAAAAGAAAAGAAACGAGCUGUUUCCUUGUGUGGUCUAAGCUCUCUUUGCUGGUCCUCAGUUAAGAAUGAUGGCAGGUACCUAGAAGGUACAGGCAACAUAAUGAUGAAAGCAAACCAUAGCAAACUCAAACACAGAAGUGCAGGAGUCACCAGGUCUUUCCACAUGUCCAUAAUUGGGAAAAAUACAGUUUUACACAGUAUUUUGAGCAAAAUAGUUGUCCCUGUGCUUUCAGUAGUUGUAUGUGCAUUUUAGUAUCUGAAAUUUAUACUUGUAAAGUGAUGUUAAACCUUCUCUGAGUGGAUUAAGGUGGUUAUUUUUCAGAAUGCUAGCUGGGGGGAAGUCCAGCUCAAUGGCAGGAGGCUAACAGUUAGCAUUUGGACAUCCAGCCAGUAUCCAGCACUCAGUAACAAUGAAAGCAAGAUAGAAACACUGCUGUCUAACAGAACAGCUGGGGGGGAGUGAGAUAAUGUCACAUUUUUUAAAUUGGGCAAACUAUACCUUUAAUAUACUUUCUGUUACAUAGUUAAGCUUCCUCAGCUAUUUUUAGAGUGACUGUACAAGUCAUGGUAAUAUGCUAUGUAUAAUGUUCACAGAUUGCUAAACAAUUAUUGCCUUAUUCUGAUCUGCCAGCUUAGACCUGAGAAAAUGAAUGUAAAGAUUAUUGUAGAGGAAUAUAUACAGUAUAUUUUUGAGAUUUGUUUUCCAUAUAAAGCUUGACAGGAAAAAGCAAACAUACUGCAUGUAGUCUACGGUUUUAGUUUUUAGUCCAAGACGAGGACUGUCACGGUUCUAAAUCUGCUGUUACUGUCGUUUGAGAAAUUGAAUAUGAUGUUGUUUUGUCUGUUUGUUGGCCUGCAUCAGUAUGCAUAUCAUCAACACCAAGAUUAUAUUGUAGACUAUUUAAAGCCAUUUUUUUCUAUGAGAAGGCCUGGAAGCCUUACCAUCGUUCCUUUUUCUUCAUAUAUGUAUAUAUAUGUAUAUAUAUCUAUAUAUAUGUACAUACAUAUAGAUAUGUAUAUGUAUGUAUGUAUCACCCUGACUUGAAAGGACCUGAUGACAUAAUUGGGAAAUAAUCUGCUGUCGUGAUGAAGCAGUAUUAAGCCUUCCGUGGCAGAAUCCUGAUCUUGAGGGUUUUAUUAAUUGACAGAAGGCAAAUCCAGCCUUGGAGUGAAGUAUGAUUUGAAACGGUUAUGUCCAUGUCCCUUUCUGUUUAUUGCCGUACCCAAGAGAUGAUUAAUGUGACUUAGCAUGAGCCAUGCUCCUGUAGAAGUUGCCUCAUCCCAUGUCCAUGUUAGUGACUUAUUUAGACUCCCCUGGCAUGGGCCAGUGGUUGUUCAAAUAUCUCAUUGUGCCAGUAAGAUAUGUUCUCAAGUGAAUGGUUGAUUUAUUUGGGACCUUUCUGGGGCCCGUUGCACCCUGGGAUGUGUGUCCUGUUACUUCAGCAUGGGAGCAAUAGUAAACUGAGUUUCUAUGCUGCUACUGAAACACAGUGGUUUCAAAGUCCACCACUUAGCAAUGUGAAUUUUCCCAAAGCAUGUUACCAAGUGAAUGUGUUUUUCAUAUUCAGAUUUCGUCAAUGAUUUGCCUUUUUUUUUUCUUUUCAUAACAAUGAUGGUUUUAUAAAACACUGCAAUUGGCUGCUAUAGGUUAGAAUUUGAUAAGCAGACCUACACGAGUGAAACCGAACCAAAUGAAUGUCAUGCAAGUGUUGUUUCUAUUUUCCCAGCAGAGGUUUUUGCAUUUUACCACAUGGUGCAUGUUUUGAAGCUGCAUUGUUAGUGCUCUUUCUAAAUGUGGGAUUUGGGAUUGAAGAAUGUGAAAAAAGUGGGGGCGCUCCGAUUGAGAUGUUUUGAGUUGAUACAAACAUUUGUAAUAAAUUGUCUGAUACUUGUAUAACAAUUUACAGUUUGAGUCACAAAUAAAUUUUCAAAAUUCUG